AUGGUGCUGGCGAGAGAUGCCAUCUUGGCUGGCACAUUGCUUGAUCCGGAUUUUGUGACGAUUCUUGCGCAAGGAAGUUCACCCCCUUUCCCAUCAGAUAUUGACAUCCCCGCCCUACGUGUGUUGACGAAUGAGGCGAAGUCGAAAGCGCGUUCCGCCCAAGGCCCUCAUCCAGAUAUCAUAGAACGGGACAUCACGAUCCCUACGCGCGAUGGAGCCUCAAUCCUCGCCCAUGUCUAUUAUCCCGCACAUCCGGCUGCUGGACGCAGUACAACGCUGCCGGUGUUUGUCUUUUUCCAUGGUGGCGGUUUCUGCAUCGGCAGUCGCCACGAUGAUUUCGAGUCGAACCGCGCCAUAGCACUGAGAAACAAUGUCGUUGUUAUCAGCCCUGAAUAUCGCCUGGCUCCAGAGCAUCCUUUUCCGACCGCCGUGUAUGAUGGCCUUGACACCUUGCAGUGGGUAGCAGCCAAUGUGCAUCUAAUCCAUCCGUCUGCGUCGAUACCCGCCGGCCUAAUAAUAGGUGGUACCUCCUCUGGCGGGAAUAUCGCAAAUGCUGUACUUUACCUCAACCGCGAUCAAGAGAAUGUUGUGCCGGUAACGGGUCAAUUUCUGAGCGUUGCACCUCUGCUCCCAUGGCCAGUGCUACCGGAAAAGUACCGCAAGGCUUAUACGAGCGCCGAGGAGAACCGGGCUUAUGCCAUACCCCCGCCAGAGAUGGUCCGCUCGUUUCUGUCCGCGUACAAACCCGAUAUCUAUUCGCCCCUGAUGGUACCUUUUAACCAUCCCAGAGGCCAUGUGGGCAUUCCGCCGACGUACUUCCAAGUCUGUGGCCUGGACACUCUGCGCGAUGAGACCUUGAUUUACGAGCAAGUCCUACGCGAGGAGAACUCGAUUCCGACACGUCUCGAUUAUUAUCCGGGUCUGCCGCAUCAUUUUUGGGAGUUUUUCCCCCAGCUGACGAAACAUGUAAAGAGGAGGACAGACGACACAGUGGAAGGGGUCAAGUGGUUGUUGGAAGCUGGGGUGGAAAUGAGGGCUGGCUAA